CCCUCUCAAGUGAAAGCCUGUCAAUUCUAAAAAAUAAACACAGCAGUUCAGUCAUUUUCGCUGGCCAUGAACUCCAAAUGUUACAAAUUCCCACUGCUCGGAAUCGCUUCUGCUUCACUCACUCUCAAUAAUCUCUCUCCCUGUCUCAUUCUUUCUACUAACCUUCUUCUUUUUGCCCACCAUAACCUAACCCCAAAUCUAACCAUUUAUAAGCAAUAUACUAAUAUACAAUCUUAUAAUAAUAAUAAUAAUAAAAUAGUCAUUCAACACUUAUUUUCUUAUAGUCUAGGGUUUGCGCGUUAAGUAGUCAUUUAUUUUCUUAUAGUCAUUCAAUACUUCAAGGAAACUUGUAGCUGAAAUUUUUUGGAAGAGGAGAGAGAGAGAUGAUGGAACUGGACCAAACGAGGCCGGAGAACCCGGCCAUGACUUUCGAUGAGGUGUCCAUGGAGCGUAGCAAGAGCUUCAUCAAAGCCUUGCAGGAGCUGAAGAGCUUAAGGCCUCAAUUGUAUUCUGCUGCCGAAUACUGUGAGAAGUCAUAUCUUCAUAGCGAGCAGAAACAGACGGUACUGGACAACCUGAAAGAUUAUGCCGUGCGAGCUCUUGUUAAUGCUGUCGAUCACCUUGGUACUGUGGCUUACAAGUUAACUGACCUUCUUGAGCAACAAACAUUAGAUAUCUCAACCAUGGAGGUUACGGUUUCUUGUCUGAAUCAGCAAUUUCUUACAUGCCAAACAUAUACAGAUAAGGGAGGUCUUCGACAACAGCAGCUGGUGGCAUUCAUCCCAAGACAUCACAAGCACUACAUUUUGCCAAACUCUGUCAAUAAGAAGGUACAUUUUAGCCCACAAAUACAGACUGAUGCAAGACAAAAUCAUUUUCAAGCUAGAUCUCGUCUUCAGCUUGCAGGUUCCCCAGCAUCAAAAACUCUUUCCUGGCACUUAGUUUCCGAGACCAAGUCUACACUGAAAGGGACUCUGCAUGCUAUGACAAGUAAUGAAGAUGCAAAAACUUCUGGAAAAUCUUCUGCAGUUUUUCAACUCUUGGGUAUGUAUAAAAGCAGAAUGUUGCAACUCCAAAUCAGUCUAGAAAUAUUAAUGUGUUAUGCUUUGGAUUCUAUGCAUGCAGAUGAAGAAGAGAGUAGAAAAACAAGAUCCUCAGGAGGUCUUGCUCAACUAUCAAGCAGAAGUCCUGCAGCUGGUGCAAUCAUGCCAACAUUUGAUGUCCCACGCAGGGAAUUGUUGGAUGCUUCGAAGCCUUUGACAGCAUUCAGGUCAUUUGACAACCCAAGGCAUGAGAUUGUGCGUGCUCCUGUUCGCAGUAAAAGCAUGCUAUCAGCUUUCUUUCUAAAACAGAAAACCCCGAAGUUGAAGGCUGGCUCUGCUUCGUGAUUCCUAGGUGGAGCAAAUUGAAUGUUACCAGUAAAUGUCUCCAAUUGUUGUUGAUAAUGAGUUCUUUUCAGCUCACUACUUAGUCAAUUUGUCAAAAUUAUAUUUUCUUCCACUCCAAUAAUUCCCCUAGCUUGACUCUGAUAAUGGGAAUGCUGUGCAUAAAGAUCCAGUGAUGAAUAUAAUCGAGAUUGUCUACUGCCUGAACUUUUUGCCCCUGGCCUAUGUUAAUAAAGUUGGGUUCUGAUGAUGGUCGAUGUCA